GGGAGACUGGUACGUGUAUUUUAAUAACCACAAUAAAUCAAACAACCAAAAGAGAAAGCAAUACUAGGUGUGUCCACCCACCAUCAAUUAUCAAAGAGAACUCAACCAAUUCAGCGCUCACUUUUCCCUGUUCAGAGAGAGCGCGAAGCUUUAAAAAAAGAACCGUCACUACCGCCAGCUGACAGAUCAUCAAUAAGGGUUGAUGGCAAUAACACCUUUUAGUAGUACAUCUACUGCACAAUGGGGAAUUCAUCCUCAGCUGUUUGUAAGAUCCAGUAUUACAGGCAAGGUUGCAUCAUCCAGCCACAAUGUUACCAGCAGGGUAAGCUUCAUGGCUGCAUCAAGUUCAAGCUUUUUUUCUCGAGAUUCCACACUACUCAAUGUGGCUGCACCCCAAACUUUUAAUCAUCGCAAGGGAUCAAGGUUGAUUGUUAGAGCUGAUGCAGAUUAUUAUUCUGUCCUUGGGGUUUCAAGAAAUGCUAACAAAUCUGAAAUUAAGAGCGCGUAUCGGAAGCUUGCCCGGAAUUAUCAUCCGGAUGUCAACAAAGAACCUGGAGCUGACCAAAAGUUUAAAGAAAUCAGCAACGCAUAUGAGGUGUUAUCAGAUGAUGAGAAACGAUCCAUAUAUGACAGAUUUGGAGAGGCUGGACUUAAAGGUUCUGGAAUGGGGAUGGGGGAUUUCAGCAAUCCAUUUGAUCUGUUCGAAUCAUUGUUUGAAGGCAUGAAUCGCGGUGGAGGUUCGAGAGGUUCUUGGAACGGUGCAAUUGAUGGUGAAGAUGAGUAUUACAGUCUUGUUUUGAACUUUAAAGAAGCAGUUUUUGGCAUAGAAAAGGAGAUAGAGAUAAGCCGAUUAGAGAGCUGCGGAACUUGCAAUGGCUCAGGGGCUAAACCAGGGACUACACCAACCAAAUGUAGCACUUGCGGAGGUCAAGGACGGGUUGUCUCUUCAACAAGAACUCCGUUAGGUAUCUUCCAGCAGUCAAUGACAUGCUCUUCAUGCAAUGGGAGGGGCGAAAUUUCAACACCUUGCAAUACAUGUUCUGGGGAUGGUCGGGUGAGGAAAUCGAAGAGGAUAAGUCUGAAGGUCCCAGCUGGUGUGGACUCUGGUAGUCGUCUAAGGGUCCGAAAUGAGGGGAAUGCUGGAAGGAGAGGUGGUUCCCCUGGCGACCUCUUCGUAGUUAUUGAGGUUAUCCCAGAUCCUGUCCUUAAACGAGAUGACACUAACAUUUUGUACGCCUGCAAGGUUUCGUAUAUUGAUGCAAUCCUGGGGACUACAACUAAGGUUCCUACUGUAGACGGAACGGUGGACUUAAAAAUUCCUGCUGGGACACAACCCAACACAACACUUGUUAUGGCUAAGAAAGGUGUUCCCUUCCUUAAUAAAAACAAUAUGAGAGGUGAUCAGUUGGUUCGUGUGCAAGUUGAAAUCCCUAAAAGACUCAACAAUGAUGAGAGAAAGCUUAUUGAGGAACUUGCUCAUUUAAGCAAAGGCAAGACUACCACAGGUAGGAGAUAGUAUUUUCUAGGAACCUGUGUAUCUAUCUACAUACUCUUUUUAUACUUUCACGUAUAUUCUUCUUUCACACAGAUGCAUCUUUCUUGUUUACGCCUCUCUGAGAGGGAUUUUAUUGUGUUGGUGGAGGUUUUUCAUUUAUUCUUAGAAACAGGCGGAGAAGAAGAGCAGAAUAAAUAAGAGAUCUUUUUCUUUCA